CAAUUUUAACAUUUUCAUCAUUGCUCCCGUGCUUCGGCUACCUUUAAUAAUUCUGUAGUUGAUUUCUCUGCUUUCUUUGACUUUAUUUUUUUUUGUUCACUCCUAGAUAAAUUAAUUUUUCUUUGUUCUCAAAUUUGUAGAUUUUUUGUUCAACACUGUUCCCUCUCUAUAAAUUUUACCAUUUGUUAGUACAUUUUCCAACACUAUUAAAGAGGGUAGUCAACAGAGGUGAAACUGGAACUUAGUAAAGAUGGUUGAGCAAGGAAAUAAACAAGUGAGGGUGGACAAUUGGGGGACGUUUUUCCUCCAGCGUCUUCAAGUGUUUUUUGCUAAAACAGAUUAUUGUGAUUUAACACUACAAUUUGAUGGCAAUGUCCAACUAAAAGUACAUAGACUAGUUAUGAAUGCUUGUACUGAAUAUUUUCAAUACUUGGAAGACACAUUCCCUGCAUCAGAGGAAAAUACUAUUAUGAUGCCAGCAGGACUUCAGUCAGAUGUUAUAGUUCCAAUAGUUAAUUUCUUAUACACAGGUAUGCUGGAAUUCCAUGUAUCUCUUUAUGAACGACUCUUCAAGGCUGCUGAGAUGAUGAACAUCACCAUUUUAACAAAGCUUUUGGCUGCUCAAAGAUCAGAAAAAGCUCUGAAGCCCAAACAUGAUCCUGUCCCACCAAAAAGGCAACCUCCACCACCAGCUGUAAAGCAAGAGCUUCCUAAUACUUUGCCUGGUAGGAAAGUUCCCGUAUGGAAAAGAAAAACUGCACCAGCAGCUGCAGCAUCAUCUCCAGUUGGUUCUUCACAGUCUACUUCACAUAUGUUUAGUGAAACACCACAGAAAUCUACAUGUUGGAAAGUUGCAGAUACAUUUGACAAUACUCCCAAACCUACACGAUUUGAGUGGCCUGAAGAUGAUCUUCCCCCUAUAAAUUUUUUGGAUACUAGCUUUGAAGAUAUAUCCUACACUAGUAAACCAUUGCUUACCAAGGAGGAUGAAGAGAAAAUAAAACCCACGUUUGACGAUCUUAGAAACAAUGUUGAAUUACCAAAGAAAAGUGGUUCGUCAAAAAGUGCUACAAAUGAAGAUGUCAACUUUAGAGACAUCGAGGAGUUUGCAAAGGAGCAAAAAAUUAGGAGUGCCAUGUUUGAAGAUCCUGAUGAUACAAACAAUGACAGUGGUUUGAAAAGAAAAAUUGAACAGCCUUCUCCACCAACAAAAAAAAUUAAAUUCAACAACAAAAUAUCGGUAGAAACAGCCACAUCAAGCGAUAUAGACCAUACUAAAAUAGUUGCAGAGAUUUUAAAAAAAUAUCCAGAUCUUGUAAAGAAAAAUAAGAACAUUAAAUUGAAAAUCAUGCCAGGAAAUAAGGAAUCAGGCGGAGAUAAGAAGAUUGUGAAUGCUGUUAUAGAACCAAUUAAGCAGUCUCCACCCCAGCUUGAACCAGUAGCCAGGCCGGCCAAACCACUUCCCAGUACUAAAAAAGAGAUUCCUAUAUUAAAAAAGAGAUCUUCCAAAGUAGUACCAGACGACGACGAUGAUGGACCCUGGGUAUGUGUGAAAUGUGUUUCUGAACACGGUGAAGUUCCAGAGUUUGUAUUGUACUACCUUUAUCGUAAACACAUGACUGAUGUACACGAUGAAGUUUUCGACACACGCCUGUGUAAAUAUUGUGGACGACAAUGCAAUAACCAUACCUUGAUGUUGUACCAUUUGUAUACGAAGCAUGCACUAAGGCCACCAGCUACAUAUAAUUUCCCUAAGUGCAAUAAGUGUCCAUAUAUAGCUAUAUCUCCUGCAAGAUUAACCAAACAUAAAGAAUCGCAUGGCCCCAAUGAAACCCAAUGCCAAGGCUGUCACUUAGCUUUCCUGAAUCACCAGUUUCUAACUUCUCAUGUUAGGAUAACGGGCCAUUAUGGCAAGCCAGGAAGAGUUACUUACGAUUGCCACUUUUGUAUGAAGAAACUUCAAUCUGGCAUGACCCUUCUGAGUCAUAUUAAAAGGUCACAUUAUAAUGAGGCUUUGCGUGACGGCAUUAUAUGUUUUGAAGAUAUUGAUAAUUUAGAAGAUCUGGAAGGAGAGGAAGAACAUGUAGGGUAUAUUUCAUCCGAAGUAAUAGACUCAAAUGCCAUACAAAAGGAAAAGGUUAACAUAAUAUCUAAUGUAAAAGUUUCCCCCACUCAUUCAAUUCAAGGAACCAGGCAAGAAACACAACUAAUACCGCUAGAAGCCAGUUCGGAAGCAGAAGCAUUAAAUAAUGUUGCAUCGGGCAUUGCCACAAGUUUAGGUUUAGUUGACAUAGUCGUUUUAGACGAAAAUGAGCAAUAUAUUUUGCAAGAUGGACAGAGUGAACAAACCGAGUUUCUUAUUCCUAACUUAGCACACGAGCAGUCGUUCUCAGGACAAGUUAUUACAACUCAGAAUAGUUCGGUAAUACAGCAAGGUAUGAUACAGAGCAGUACAGGACAAAUCUCGUCAACCGAUGAGCUGGUUAUGGUAUUAGCUGACCAUGAUUAUCCCGAUGGACAUGAAGGAGAAAGUUCUGAAAAUUCGAAUAUAGUAGUCUUGUACAGUCAUCCAGUAGAUGGUCAAGAGGGACAAUACAUUACAUCUCAGGGAAAUUUGAUGGUGAAUUCUCAAACUGGUAUGUUGGAAUUAAGAAAUAGUUCUAUUGCUACUACGACAGCCAGUCAGAUGAUUGUAACCAAUUCAGUGGAAACACCGAUUGAAUCUAUCGAAUUGAUACAAAGGGAGAUCGAGAAUCACGAAGGACUGAAACAAGAGCCAUAUUUCGAGGAAGAUAGAAAACCUGAAAUACACCAAGUUGCUGAGACAGUAGUUACCAAGCUACACAAUAUGCCAGACAUUCAUGCCGAAUCCGAGGAAUCUCAAAUAGAAGUACACCAAACGGAAGAGUCACUUACCACAAUACAACCUGAGGAACAACACGUAGAACCAUCCGUUGAAGAACUUCCAAGUAGCCAAACAGAAGAAAUUCAAAAUGAUUUUCAUGAAGAGAAAGACACUAGCGAAGAUAACGUUGAUGGUACUAUGAAUGUUAAUAGUGAAGAACCAAUGGAUAUUGAUGAAAUUGAAAAUAAGACUGCCGAAGGAGAAGUGCAAGAUGAAAGUUUUGUUCAGGAACCUUCUGACGAGCCGCCAUCUCAGGUGACGUCUGAUAUUCAACUUUCAGUUGACACCAAUUCGGGUCUUGAAAAUCAAACAGUUGAAAAUACUGCAGAACUCGCACUUCAAACUGAAGAAGGCCUUGAUAUUAUUCCACCAGAAAAGGUUCCGCCCGAAUUAGAAGCUGCAAUCAACAAUGAAAUCAGUAAUAGUAUACAGAAAGGACCCUUCGAAUUACAAUUAUCACCUAAACAAACUACAGAUGAACAGCAACCACCAGAUCAAACGGAAAAAGUGGAUGAACCAAUGGAAGUUGAUGGACCUGUUAAAGAAGUUGCAAAUGAGGAACCAGUGGUGGAACAACAAGCUGAGGCUAGUAUAGAAGAACAACCUGAACCAGUUAUUAAUGAACCAGAAAAUCAAAAUUCACCAGAAGAAUGCCAAGAAAAAGAUCAAGAAGACUCGGAAACUAUUGAAAAUUCAAACGAUAAAAUAAUUACAUCUACUGUAGAAGAAUCUGCUGAGAAAGUAGUACAAAGUAAAAGUUUACCACAAGUAGACAAAAGUAUUUUGGAUGACUGGGAAGAUGAUACUGAUUCCCAACAGAGUGAAAAAAAUGUUACGGAAUCCGAAUCCCAAGACUCACAGAUGUCCAAUGAGAAAGAUAAUCCAGCUCCUUCUGCUGUAGAAAAAGUUAACAAAUUAAUGGAUGACUGGGACGAUGAUGAUGAAGAAGAGAAAAAAGAGUAAUGUUCAGUGAAAAAGUUCGGGAUUAAAUCUAAAGGUUCAGUAAUAAACCAUUUAAGGGAUUUCAUUUGAUGUUGGUUCGUUAAUAAGAAGAAAGAAAGCACUUAGAAAGACGCUGUUUAAUGAAGAUAAUCUUAAUGUAUACACUAUAUUUCUUUUGUGUAUCUCUACCUUUAUUAUUUACAAUGUACAACAUAGGCAGGCAAAAUAACUACGGUAGAGGCACACAUUAAGAAUACUGUUUUAAAAUGCUUGUACAUACAACUAAGGACCUUAAGAAAAAAUCAAAAAAGUAUCGAUAUAUACCUAUAACUAUAUUUUUUUGCGUACUUGAUUUUUCCAAUUUUUUUUAAUAUUGCUGCAAUAAUGGACGUAUAAAUAAAGAUGGACUAGGCAUGCUCUACUCUCUGUUCGCCUAAAUUUGAAGCCGAACAGUUUAUAGGCGCGGGGAAAGAGUCGAGGUGAUAGACUGUGACACUUCCCGCUUAGUCAGUGGCGUACCUUCCAAUAAUUGAAAGGUAUUUGAAACAAUUUUUUUAUUUGAAUAAAUGAUGAUUAUUGGUAUUUUUAGUAUCGUAAAUAUAUACAAAUAUUUGAAAGAGGUGAGAAACAACGAAAAAUAAAUAAUUUUAAUUUUCAAUGUAUAGAAUAUAUUUACAAACAUUGUUUUACACAAAAGAAUAAAGAUGAAUGAGUAUUCAAAAUCACAAAUUAUUAUAUUAUGCUAUAUAAUACAAUAUUUAUUUAAACUAAAAUAAUACAUAAUAGGGUGCAUCGAAAAAAUAAAAGUUGGAAAUGUUAUAUCUAAUAGCGUGACAAAGUUGCUAGUGUUAUUUUUAAUCGAAUGAACUAUCUUUUAGUAAAGUCGUCCCAGGAAACGCAACUAAUCAAUAUUGGCUAUAUCAUUUUAAAGUCUUCUACUUUAAAAUGUAUAAUACAUGCCUGAAUUACCGAUAUAAAUGAGUCAGAUUAAAUAAAUUAUUAGAAGAAUUUUUUACUAAGCAACAACAUUUUUGUUUAUUUAGUAUUUUGACAACGACACCCGACUUGGGCGUCGAAACGUUAAUAAAUUCAUUUUUUUGGUAAAAUUGUGGCUUAUUUCCCAUUUGAAAUAGUUCAUUAUUUUUUAGCAUAUUAGUAUUUUUACUUUUUUUUCUAAACAAAUUUUCUGCCUUCCCAACGACCUUGAAUUUUAUUAAAUAUCUGAUUUUUAUGUAAAUUUCAAUUUAUUUUAUUUGGAAUAAAAUACGUGCUAACUCUAUCAAUUAAAGAAAAAAUUAAGAUCAAUUAAAGAAAACUUAAAAUGUUGUCAAUUGCAAAUUGAAACAAUAUUUAAAAUUUUAUUUGUUUUUUCAGUCUCCCCAACCAUAGGCGUAACCAGGAUGAUCCUAAGGGGGGGGGGUUACAACUACUGGAAGGUCUCUGAGGGCUAUGGUGUUAAGCGUAUAGAGCUCAAAGUACAUCCCAAUGGGGGGGGGGCGGUUACAACCCCCAAAACUGGUUACGCCUAUGUCCCCAACCCCUUUGAAAUUUCCCACUUUGUGAGUCCGUGGGUGUAAUUUUCGCUUAUGUUUGGUGCGUCGAGUUACUUUGUUAUUAUUGUUGUUUGUAAAUUAAAGAUUUUAAAAAUAGAUAAACCAGGAACGUGGGGAAUAAAAUCAAGAUGUGCUGUGGACCGUCCCAUUUUUGGGCAACCACCAAAUAUACCUGAAAAUGUUUUACCGAAAUAUAAACAAGUGAUGAAGUUUUGUGGUUGGAAGAGGAUAAAAACUCACCAAGAAAGAUCCAGAAUGUUCCGGUUUUGCCGAACAGGUUGCAAUUAAUUUGGAGGAAAUAUGAAAAAAGGCUUUAAUUCGAAUAAUUUAACAUACAAGAAUUAUUCAGCUUUUAAAAGCCUAUCAUGAUAAAUAUAUGAAACUUAUGAUACCAUUAAAUUUAAGAACAGACAAAACAGUGAAUUUUACAAAAAUAAAAUUCAAUGCUUUAAGUACAAAAGUAAAACUACACGUUUCGAUCUUGCAGCAUGCAAAUGUGACAUUCUGAUGAAUUGUCUUUGUAGCUAAUCUCAAAAAGUGACUCUGGAUGAUCGCGAAUUUUUAUUAAAUCAAAGAGGUCCCAGAAAAAUGGUGAUAAGCUCCAUUGAUAUGGAAAACAAAAAUAUUCAGAGAGAACAACGGUAAAAGAAGAAAGGUACCGACGCAAAGAUAAAACUUAGCUCAAGUAAAAAACGGUACAAAGUUGUAUCAGAUAACAACGACUACGUGUGGUCGUUCCCAGAUAACACAACGAUAUCUUAAAUAAAUCUAAAAGAUAACUUACUACAGAUGUUUUAGACGUCUUAAAGGUGUCUGGUAUUUCCGGAAAGAUAUCUUUACGUCUUAAAGAUGUACGGAUGUUACAAAUCCUUACAUCUUAAAGAUAUCUUGUUUUGUCUAUUAUUAAGGUGUUUAGGAUAGCUUUCUUUUUAAUUUUUUAUGAAAUAUUUUAAAUGAACUUUUAAUAAAAAUAAGUAGGUUCUAAAAAUACGUUUAUUGCUAUUCAAAUUUUACAUGUAGGACUUUUGUUUGCCUUUUUGUCCCAGCCAACUGUACUUUAAAGUUUGCUCAUUGCUAAUAAUUAAUUUUCUAACUCUUGGUACAAAACCAUAGGCUUUUGAUCCUCCUACUUUAACAAGCGUUGAUACCUAAAAAAUAUAUUUUAUUUAUUUUAUUUCAAUUCAAGGAUUAAGUAAUAUCAUAUCCCUGUGCUACGCCAAUGGAUGUUGUUUAUAAAACUUGAUAAUAUACUUACGAAUGAAAUGACAGUUCUGGAUGUAAAUAGGCAGUUUUUCUGCAUACAACACAACACAGUUACGUACCAUGAUUAGGACACUUAACGAUUACGAUUGUUCAAUUUAAAGUCAAAAUACGCUAACAAAUUCACUCAAAUGUCACAAAUAAGGAAAUUCUGAAAUUAUCAACACAAACGUAAACAACACGACGCCAUGUUCCUUCUUCUUGAAAGCGCGAUGAUUGGUUGAUAUUACCAAUGGUGCCAAGUUUCACAAAUAGUUAAAUUUAUCAGAAUAUAGUUUCAUUUAAUUAUUAAAAAAUUAAUGUUUUUCUUUUAAUUCCUUGGUUGCGGAAUAAAUAUAUUUGGAAAUGGUUUCUAGUAACUAAGUUAUAUAUGUAUUUUGAUUUAUAAAUUAAAAGUAAAUUAUACUAAAAAUUGAAAAUUAUUUUGAAUAUUGACUUGAAAACAAAAUAAUAUGACGUCAAAUUAAGGAUUUGUGCCUAUGACUGUGACAAUCUCGUGGCUUCAACUAAAGAUGUAAAUAGCCCGGUCCAUCUUUAUUUAUACGUCCAUGUCUGCAAUUUAAGGGUCCGUUCUCAUGACGCGCUAUUACAACUACAUACAAUUUACUUGAGACCGUUCACAUGCUAACGCACGUUUUAAGUCACUAAAACGCCCGUCGUUCACAUGCUAACGCGCGUUAGCAUGUGAACAGUCUCAAGUAAAAUGUAUGUAGUUGUAAUUGCGCGUUAAGAGCGUGUCAUGAGAACGGGCCCUAAAUCUACUCUUAAAUUCCUGUUUAACCAUUUAUUCAUUCAUGUAUACUGCAUUUUGUUACCACUUAUUGUUUAUAUAAGAAAACUUUCUUAAAAUCAGCUAUAAAAUAUUUGGAAGUACAUAUUUUCUCUUCAUGAAAAAAUAUGCUUUUUGUAAAACUUGGUAAUGUCCUUUUGUUAAUCCUUGGUAAUCGUCGUGAAGAAACAGAUUAUUUUUCUCUUUGUAAACUAUUAAAGGAUUUUAUAUGUUUUAUUUAUUUGAAUUAAUUUGAUAACGCUUUAUAUGUAUACCUAUUCUGAAAUUAUUGUAUAUAGAUAUUGUCAACUUUAAAACCUUGUACAUAUAAAUUUACUUUAAUGUUAGGUACAUCUACUUAUUAAAAAAAAUAUGCCGUUUUGGCUUUUUGUAGUAUGUUGCAAAAUAAAGAUCUACGUAACUAUU